CUCGACCACGGGAUGGGAGGAGCAUUCUCGAUGGCCCCCAGGAGGUCCCCAGCAGACACGGUUUGGCGCCAGAGCUUUUUGGUUGAACUAGCAGGGCUCUCAGGAGGACACUCACUCCAAGUCCUGUGGGACAUCACGCAAUUAUAAGAACACGGCUCUUUCGACCUACUCGUCCGUGCUGCUAAGUGGUGCAUGUACCCGCUUCACUUGCUCAUUCACUUGCUCAUUUUCAAUAUCUCUAAAUACAGAUGGCCACGAUUCCUCAUGCGAGAUGGGCAAGUCGAUGAUGCGAUCUUUCCACGUCGAGGGAUUGUUGCUGGUUCAACGCUGGCCACGUACGGAGCCAAGGUGGUCCUCAAACCCGCAGUGGGCACCCUCGUGAACAACCUCAACGAGUCAUCAGGCCUAUCUCUGCACUAGACGGCCUCUCACUUCUACAGUGGGGACAACACAGCGGCCGGGUUGACAAUACGUUGAAGGAUAUGGCUAUUGUUGUCCACAACUAUCUAGCGGUGAGCCUGAGACUUCCCAUGGCGUACAAGAAGUUUGGCUUGGUUGGGUCGGCAGGGCCUGUCUUACAGGCGGGCAAAGAAGCGCUUGGGAAGUUGGCUGGGCCACAAGGAGCACAAGGAGCUGUUACGAACCUGGGGAUCGAUUCUGUGGGUGGUCGCCAUAGGUUGAGGCUAGCUGCCAAUGCCACUCGGGAGAAACGUUUUCCCAAGUUUAAGGCCAAGGGGAACCGGCUGGUCAGGUUAAAGAUCACGGCGGGCCACAGGAACAGGAUGUUUCAGACCAACCUCAAGCCGACGGCCACAUACGGAGCUGAUGUACAUGCCUCCAGUCCCACACAUAUUGCUGAACUCAGAGGGGCUGCGGGGAGAGACGCGAGGGUCACCUUCAAGGGCGCCCAGUUGGACCUAGCUUGGAGUUGGUCUUCGUAUGCCGAACCUAUCGAUGUGGCUGUCAAGUCCAUCGCCAGAUGUGCUCAGGAAUGGUGGAUGCCCUCUGCGGUACGACCUGAUGAGCAUGUACAUGCUGACGUGAUCAACAUCUGGAGGCUCAGCGAGAGAUGGUCCGCAGCAAAAGAAUACGUCGAAACCACUGCGGGGAGAAACUGGUUGUUUAGAUCCAAGGAGCCCAUUUCCGACACCUUACUUUGGGCCCAGGUUGCCAAGUGGACCGAUGUGAAGCCUGGUAUGUUUCUGGACUGUUCCAAGAACGAGAUCGACUUAACUGAGCUUGCCCCACUCUCUGUAGGCAGGUUGUUUUCUCGGCAGCUCAACGACAAUCUUGUCCAGGAGCGCGUUUCCAAAGUUUGCGUUAAAUCGAGUUCUGAUACCCAGGACUUGGAGUCCAGGGGCCUUUGGUGGGAUGUCCCGCGCAAGCUGCUCACGUCUAAGGCUGGCGAUUGGAGCCACCUCGAUAAGGUCCGCUUCCGCCAGUUUUAUUGCUGGCCCUUCCCACUGGAGCUGCCUUUUUUUCCCGCUGGGGAUACAACGUUUCUGACAGAAGUUGCAAAUAUGGAAUGGUUGACACUGGUUGGCACAGGGUGUGGCAAUGCCCAGACAGCCAGGUCAGCUUAAUCCGCAGCGAGGUUUUCCCAGCCAGCCUCACUCAGCAAGCUAUGCAGGACGGCCCCGACUCCUUGCUACUCAUCAGAGGUUGCAUGGCCAAGCCAGAUCUCACGAACGAGCCGCCUGAGAACGAAUGGAAGGUUUGUUUCUUU